AUGUCAAAGAAAUUCGUGAUGAUUAGCUGCCCGAAUGGAGAGGAGCCUCAGGAUGAUACAUUUAAGAUGGAUGGUUCGUAUUUCCCCCGUCUUUACUUUAUCAACCCUGAUGGAUCUGUGAACUAUGAUAUUGUGUCGAAUCCUAAUAUUGAGCGAUAUCAGUUCUAUUAUUCUGGUCCUGAGGAUAUUAUUGAUGCGAUGAAGCGAAUGAUCAAGGAUUUGAAGUUGAAAAAGCAGCGAAGACUAGCUCGUCAGGCAGCAAAGGAGGAGUUGAAGGAUGUGGAUGAUUCUCAGUUCCAGGCUGAGGAUUUGUAG